CACGUCUUUUUUAAAGUUAUUAACUAUCUGUUAUUUGAUCUAUAUAUGAUCAUUUAAAUCCAUUGUGUCUUUGUUUAAAUAACCCCGAAACGUAUACCAAAUGUGCAAUUUGUAGUUUAAAUUAAUGAAUAUCCAUAAUGGCGGCACAACCACCACCCUAUGGCGCACCUCCUGGUGAACCUCCAGGUGGAUAUGGUCCUCCACCUGCAGGAUAUGGCCCACCUCCACCCGGACAACCUCCAGGUGGAUAUGGUCCUCCACCAGGAGGAUAUGGUCCGCCAGCAGGAGGAUAUGGUCCUCCACCUGGUGGAUAUGGACCACCUCCUCCAGGAUAUGGACAUCCGGGACCCGGAUAUGGAUAUGGAGCUCCUCCUCCUAUGCAGCAGCAACAACAACAACAAACAACGGUAGUGAUGGCUGGAGGUCCAUCCCAAACUGUUAUACACCAAACCAGGAAGGAAAAAUUUUCCGAUCAAAUAUGUCUGAACUGCGUUAUAACAUUGUUUUUCCCAUUUUGGAUAAUUAUCUGGAUAAUAAUGUGUAUUGUUGAGUGAAGUAAACAAAGAAGAGGACCUUGCACAACUUUAAAUGUUAUAUCUGAAUGUAUUUUCACUGUUGACAGAUUUUUUAUAUAGUCAGUUACUAUAUUUUUAUUUGUUAUUUUCCCCAUAGCUUUUCAUACUAUGUUCAACAGAUUUUCAUCGUUUAUAUUUUGAACACUCAUACACUCUGUAAACCUCGCCUGUUAAAGUUUGAAAAUUUAGCUAUCCCGGUUGGAUAAAUAUCGUCGGCAUCAAGGAGGUGGUACGGCAGAAUAGAUAUAUACUUUACAGUUUGCUCAUUUUAAUGGUUAUCAAAAAAUCAAACACAAAUUAUAUAAAAUAAAAGUAUCCUAUACAUA